AUGUCUAAAGAGAAAGGGGCAAAAGAGGGUAAGAGUGCGGAUACUAGUGCAUUUUUAAAAGAUUUCAUCGCAGGUGGAGUAUCGGCCGCUGUUUCUAAAACAGCGAUGGCUCCAAUGGAGCGUGUCAAAUUAAUAUUACAAGUGCAACAUGUAUCUAAACAGAUAUCAGAGGAUAAGAGAUACAAAGGAAUUGUCGACGCAUUCAUUCGUAUUCCGAGAGAGCAAGGCCUCGCGUCACUUUGGCGUGGAAAUUUAGCAAAUGUUAUUCGAUAUUUUCCUACACAAGCGUUAAAUUUCGCAUUUAAAGAUGUUUAUAAGAAAAUAUUUCUCGAAGGUGUUGACAAAAACACGCAAUUCUGGAGAUACUUCGCCGGUAAUUUAGCAUCCGGCGGAGCAGCUGGAGCGACCUCUUUGUGCUUCGUUUAUCCUCUAGAUUUUGCUCGAACUAGGUUAGCAGCAGACGUCGGUAAAGGAAAAGCAAAAGAGUUUAACGGCCUAGUCGACUGCUUAAUGAAAACGUUAAAAACCGACGGUCCUCUGGGCUGGUAUAGAGGAUUCAUAGUUUCCGUGCAGGGCAUAAUAAUAUACCGGGCGACGUAUUUUGGACUAUUCGACACUGCACGGGGGAUGAUAGCAGAUCCAAAGCAUACUUCACUGUUUUUUACUUGGCUAAUAGCGCAGACAGUCACUACCAUAGCAGGAAUAACAUCUUAUCCUCUGGACACUGUAAGGCGACGGAUGAUGAUGCAGUCGGGCCGUCCAGUUCACGAACGGCAGUAUAAAAAUACGUUGCACUGCUGGACAACUAUUCUUCGCACUGAAGGGCCUGGUGCCUUUUUCAAGGGAGCCUUCUCUAAUGUACUGAGAGGUGCUGGCGGAGCCUUUGUCCUGGUGUUAUAUGACGAAAUCAAAAAGUUACUUUGAAAAAGGCAACAAAGUAAUAUAGUACUUUUAUCAACGUUAUUAAAGUAAUGUGUUGCUCGCUUAUUAAAACCCUGUGUCUUGUGCCAUAUAGCACCAAAACUCGACUGAUUUGUAGAGUUAGUGUUAGUUCGCAGAAAAUAAUAUUUAUUUAAAUUUGGUAUGUAUUUUAGUCAACUGUGUACUUGAAGAGUUUUAUAGUUAUAUCUCAUAAUGAAUUAAAUACUUUUAAUUUAAUAA